AUGAAUCUUCUCAAAAAAAUUGUUGUAGUCGGUGACGGCGCUUGUGGAAAAACUUGCUUGCUAUCAACAUUCAGCCAAAAUGAGUUCCCUGAGGAAUAUGUACCAACGAUAUUCGAAACGUAUGCCAAGGAUAUAGAGCUUGAUGGACAAAAAAUCACCUUGGCUCUUUGGGACACAGCUGGGGAAGAAGACUAUGACAGGUUACGACCACUUUCCUAUCCUAGGACCAGCGUGGUGCUAGUUUGUUUCAGCAUCGACCAACCAGAUUCAUUGUGGAACGUGCGGGAAAAGUGGUGGCCAGAAGUAAAGCAUUUUCUGCCUGGGAUUCCUGUUAUUCUUGUAGGAAACAAACUAGACCUCAGAAGCGACCCUGAUGUUGUGACUAAUCUUAGGAAAAAGGGGCGACAUCCAGUAACUGAAAGUGAAGGAAUGAAAGUUGCAAGAAAAAUCAACGCCGCCAGGUACAUGGAAUGCUCUGCAAAAUACAUGGUAGGAAUUAAAGCCAUAUUUUUUGAAGCAGCUAGGAUAUCAUUAGAACCAAUUAAACCAGUCAAUCGAUGGUGCAACUACCUAUAAUAUUUAUACAGCGUACCAUUCUAUACGCAAUGUUGAGAAUCCUCCCACAUUAAACAACCUCGCUAAAGAAGAUUGAAGAUGGAAGAUUCAUGAAACUGGUAUGGCAAUGUCAAUUCUUACAUUUGAAUAACCAUUUUUAUUGGAAAUAAACUGGAAAUAAGACAUAACCGUCACUCUCUGACUUAACUAGAAAAAAGCGGAUACUCUUAGCUUGAAAGGGAAGCACCGAGAAUUGAAAACAAAAGUGCCUUGUGUGAUGGAUAUUCUAGAAAAUAGUAAGUCUUCAAGCCUAUGAACAAUUGAAAAAUUAUAUUGUGCUCGUCAAAGGUAGAGGAACUGCAGCAUAUUUGACAUACUGGUUUGUUUUUUGGAAAUUAUUGGGACUUUAUUAAAUUUAUUCAUAUAAACAAUCAAACAAAACAAAAACCAGAAACCCCAACAAAAUAUUUAUCAAAAUACAAUAUUGACAUCCUAAUUUAAAAUUCCAUGUCACAUCUGUUAUUCUAAAUAUAUUCACAAAGUCAAAAUAAAAUUGUAAACUAUCAAGGACACAUAACAGUUCAAAUAAUUACAAUGAAGGAUUUUACGUAAACCAUUGUCAAUGAUUGGAUUCUUACCGAAAAAGUUUUCAAAGUGGGCGUCUCGUUUCCGUGGGGGAAAUGUCAAGAUGGCGUCCUGUUUUUAGUACUUGUCGUUUCGUGUGACUUACGACAUUAUGUUCACGGCAAAAAAAUUCAGAUAACGUUUACAUUUGAUGGGUACAGGGGAAAAAGAUGGCUGUCAAAAAAAUUAACAUUAAGUAAGAUUUUUUGGUUCAUUGUUUUUUUCUGCCCUCUAUAUCUCAAAAAAUGUUUAAUUCAGGCAUAGACGCUGACGCAUAAAAAAUGCUAAAAAUCAUAAGGAGAAUCUCAAAAUACAAAAAUAAAAAGGAUUUUCCGUUAAAAAAUGUUUGGCCUUGUUUCACUUUGGGCUACCCUGUGUAUCAGAAAAUAUUUUUGUAUUUAUAAUUUAACUUUUCUCAAUUUCUUGUAAUAAGGAAUCUAUGGUACUCCGUCAGAUCUUUGACCCACCAUGUACAACGAGUCUAGGAGUCUUCAAACUUUUGAAUUCACAAAAGUGAAAGACUUACUUUUUGUGACAUCCAGUUUUUUUCCCGGUACCCUUUAUUUAUUUAUAUAACUAAGUAUUCCAAGUUACCCGCAAAAAUCAGUAUUUCACGUGGUGUUUUAUUUUGUUUGUGUGAUAGCUUUCUCUAUUUAGGCCAGGACAGGUAAUGUUUUUCCUACAAUUUUGGUGACAGUAAAGUUUUUUGGUUUAAGUUCAAAUUGGAGUAUUUGCCCGCCAGUUUGAAAAACUUUCUAUCGAAAAUCUCCGAAACCGUCAAUCCUAUGUAAAAAGUAAUUUACACAAUUCUGCAGGGAGUUAAAUUAAAUUCUUUUUUAUGAAAAUUUGUCGUACAGUCAUCAGGUUACGAUAAAUUUAAGGGUAAAUAAAAAAAUACAAGUAAUGAUACAAGGAAAGUUUUUUGUUGUUGCGACGCCUUGAGGGUUUUGAAAAAUCAUAAAAAAACUACAAAACAUAGAGAGGAUAUUUUAUAUGAGGGUGAAUCAAAUAUGAACCGGACUUUUCUGUUUAACGCGACGUCUUGGUAUAUACCAGUGUACCAACCCGACCAACUUGUACAUAUUUUUUCUUAUUUCUAACUUCGACAUCUUAGAGCGAAAACUUCAAAAUAUAUAAAUGUUAACUGACAGUAAACUAAGCACACAAACUUUUGUUUCCAAAGGCAGCGUGAUAUUACUCUGUGUUUAUUAAAUUUAAAGCCAAUGCAAUACGUUAUGUAUAAAAACGGAAAGCUGAAUAUAGGUGCUACAUUGUAUCGAUUCAAAUUAGUAUUUUAUAAUUUCA